CAGCCUCUUGGCAAAAGGGGACGCGAACUGAAUAACGUUUACGAAACAAUUUUGAAAGAAGAAAAACAUAAUAAAAGAACCUGGAAAGAUGACCGAUACGUAGCUGUUGUGUCUUUCCUUGUUGCUGGGGAUUUCUAGUAAUGUGUUUUAAUGUAUAUCUAGUGUGUAGCAUCACUUUUAAAGGACUGUGAUGAUCUGAACACAUUCUCCCUGACUAUUUGGGUGCGUUUCCCAAAAUGAAUACAGCAGCAGAUGAUAAGAAGCCACCUCUAGCUCCGAAACCAAAGAUUCUUGAUCAACUAACCUCUAAUUUGCCUUCAUCCCUGAUGUCAAGACCUUCAUCUGCUUCCCGGGGACCAAAGCCUCCGAUUGCUCCCAAACCAAAGUUGCUGCAGGAUUCUGAAGAGAAAUGUUGCUCGUAUACAAACAAUAACCUGAACAGGUGCACAAAUGGAAAGUUACUGUGUUCUGAAGAAGAGUUCAAUGAGGAAAAUACAUGCAGCACUCGUUCUGAGUCUGAGGGCUUCCAAAUCAUGGACGAUGGGUACAUUAUGCUUCCUGACAGUGAGACUCUUACUAAUGAAAGGGAUGACAGUGAUAAUGAAGAGAGACAGUUGUUUGAGCUCUCUGCUGAUGCUGAGGUGAUCAAUUCUACUGAUAACAUUGAUGGAAAUGGAGAGGUAGAAUUGGAAGAGGCUGUUGAACCCGAUCAGACUGAAGACACUGUAUCAUUAGAAACUGAUGAAACUGCUGAUGCAGAAUCAACUAAUAGAGUAGAGACUUGUAUUGAACUUAUAGAAAGUGUUGAAGCCUUGAAUGAUGACGGAACAUCAGACACCGAGCACAGAGAGGAAGCUGAAGCUCUGAACUCAGGAAUUGAUUCACAGGAUAAUGAUACAGGUGGCGAAUCAGAUCAAGAUCUGGGAGAGGUUGCAGAGGAUGUGGGCGAUGAGGAAAACCAAAAAGAUCCGAUCUUAGAUGACGACACAUCAUGUGGUAUUAGUGAAGAGAACAACCCUAAUCAAUCUCCACCAGUUAUUGAAGGAUCUGGUGAUUUAAAUGAACAAACUGAUCCUGAGAAAGAGGAUCAGGAAAAUAUUGAAGAUCUUUCAGUAAAUGAGGAGUUUAACGAUCAAGUUGUUGAACUGUGUGAAAAUAUGGUACCCCAAGAAGAAGAAACUCAGGAUUAUCUUGUCUUUUCUUCAAAUGCUGAGAAGUUGCAGCUUGCAAAACAAAUAGAUCCUUGUUCUCUGAUUCUUGAUCCAAAUGUAUUGGAUGAGACUGUUACUGUAGAACCUGAUCUUUCACUUUCUGUGGGAGAUGAUGCGGCCACCAUAGAUAUGGACAAUGAAACCUAUGUGUUGGAGGAAUUUACAGAAAAUGAAACUAAUGAUAUUAUGAACUUGGAGGAUCAGGUAGAUAUGGAAAAAGCUGAAAAUGUUGAGUCUUCGGAUUUUCCAUGUGAUGUUUUCGAAGAGGAGCAAAGCUUACCUACCUUAGGAGAUGACAUUGUAGAAGAUGACUCUACCCUGGAGGAGACUCAUGCAUUUAUUGUUAUGGAAAAGCCUUAUCAUGAAUGUGAAGGUCUUGACCAAGAAUUAGUAUGUGAAAAAAAGGAUGAUGAGAUAUUUCCCAAUGACACAGAGGAAAAUGUAUAUAGCUUAGCGGGAACAGAUGAUUUACCCAAUGAAAGUGCUAAAGCUGUGGACUGUAGUACAGUGGAAAAUAUUAACAAUGUAAAUACUUUACAAGAUGAGGCUCUAAGCAAACUUGAAGAAUUGGUUGUGGAACCAGAAGAGACAGAAACUGUGUGCACUGAUGUUAAUGAUUACACAAUCUGCAAUCAGGACCAUUAUGGCCUCCAAGCAGAAUUAUGCACCGUUACAUUGCCAGAAGACUUAUCAGUAGAUUACCUUUUUAACAGACCAGCACUGCUGGAUGACUCAGAACUUUUUGGUGAUGAUAAUGAAGGUCUUAUAGUACCCUAUAUGGAAGACAUAGAACAGGAAAAAUCAGAGGAUACCAUCAGUGAGGAGCAUGUGUACGAAGAGGCUGGACUAGACACAGAGGGUGAAAAUCUAAACUUUAUUGUUGUCGAUAGAAAAACUAUUGUAACAAGAACAAGGUCUUAUUCUGGCAAAGUGCCUGGUUAUGUGCCUGAAACGGUUCCAGAGGAAUCUGAUUUACAAAACACCAAUGAAUACUGCACGGUGGCCUUGGACAAAAGCGAUCAACGUCUUGGUGAAAGUGAACAACUUGACAUAAACAGAGCAAUGCUGUCUAAGUCGAGGCGUUUUACUUUAUACCCUAGGUCAUACUCGGUUGAAGGUCGUGAUAUGCCAAUGUCUGUUUACAAAGAAAAUGAUGGAGUGGAGAACUGUGGAAUGAAGAGGAACGAUGAUAACCUUUCCCUACCUUGUGUUAUCGGGUCCUCAGGCAGUUUCUCCCAAAGAAGCUACCUUUCCUCCAGUGGGAUGUCAACUCCAUCCUCAGUAGUUGAUAUUCCACCUCCUUUUGAACUAGCUUGCAUAACCAAGAAGCCGGUCACUAAAAGCUCACCAUCACUCCUAAUGGAGAAUGAGUCUCCAGACAAACCAAAAAAGAAAAAGUUGUCAUUCAAGCGUUUCUUAACACUUCGGUUCAAGAAGAAGACAGAAAAUAAGGUCCAUGUAGACGUUAAUGUUUCUUCAUCUAGAUCUUCUUCUGAGUCUAGUCAUCAAGGGCCUUUAAGACUCCUGGAAUUGGACAGGAGAAGUCUUGGCAGCUCGCCACAAAUGAAGUCCCGGUCUGGAAAAGCACGGGCAUCAGACUCACCAUCUACUUUUCUGUUUUACAAGGAUGGCAAGAGAAAAGGGGCCCACAAAACAUUCAGUAGGAGUGUAUCUAGAGUGGAGUCCUUUGAGGAAAGAUCAAGACCUCCUUUUAUGGCCCUUCCUUUGACAAAGCCAAGAUCUAUUUCUUUCCCAAACGCUGAUACUUCAGAUUAUGAGAACAUUCCAGCCAUGAACUCUGACUACGAGAAUAUUCAGAUUCAACCCAGGAGGCUGUCGAGAACAGGCACCUUUACAGAGUUCUUUGAGGAUCCAUGCAGAGCCCUGUCCUCUGCCAAUGAGAAUGAUGGCUAUGUAGACAUGAGCAGCUUUAACGCUUUUGAAAGCAAUCCUCAAACACCCGACCAGGAAACAGAAAGUGCCUAUACAGAACCCUACAGAGUGUGUCCCGUGUCUCUGGUUCCAGUGGUGGAUGUUACAUCCGAUGAGGAUGAAGGGAAGAGCUCAGGGGAGGAGGAUUCCCUGGUGGAAGACAGCAAGACGGUUGGGCAAUCAAGAGCUUUUUAUAUAGCAAAGGAACUGGUGGAUUCUGAAAAAGUGUAUGUGGAGGGCCUGAAGCUACUGCACGUGGAUUUCAGAGAAGCCAUCCAGAAAGCGAAUUGUGAACAAAGUGAACCUGUGGUGGAGGAAGAGAACUUAACAGCAAUUCUGUGUGAGCUGCCACAAGUCUAUGAGCUGCACCAGGAAAUUCUCAAGGAGUUGGAGGAGAGAAUCAAUGACUGGGAGGCGCAUACAAGGAUUGCUGAUGUUAUUCUGUCAAGGAGACCACAGUUCAACGUCUUUAACACAUACCUCACAGAAUUUGAUAGGAACAUUGCCUUGCUUGACGAGUGCUGUCAGAAAUCUCAGAUGUUCGCUUCAGCUGUACAACGAUUUGAGCAAAGUCCUGCCUGUGCCAACGUGAGUGUGAAACAUCAGCUGCUCAAAGUUGUUCUCCGGGUCCUUCAGUAUCGCAUGCUUCUUACAGAUUAUUUGAACAACCUGUCCCCAGACUCAUCAGAGUAUGAAGACACUCAAGCUGCCUUGGUAGUUGUCUCUGAAGUUGCAGAUCGAGCCAAUGACAGCAUGAGACAAGGGGAGAACCUCCUACGUCUGGUUCACAUCGAGUACAGUGUUAGGGGCCAGAGAGACCUGCUCCAGCCAGGAAGGGUAUUUGUGAAAGAAGGAACAUUAAUGAAGGUAUCCAGGAAUAACAGACACCCUCGGCAUCUGUUCUUGAUGAACGAUGUUUUGCUGUAUACCUACCCACAGCAGGAUGGCAAAUACAGGCUAAAGAACACACUGACCUUGUCAGGCAUGAAGAUCAGUAAACCCAUUAUUGAAAAAGUCCAGAAUGCACUGAAGAUUGAGGGGGCUGACUACUCCAUUAUUCUUUCUGCAAGCUCUAGCAGUGAAAGAGAGGACUGGUACCAUGUUCUCAGCAGAGCUGUUGCAGAUCAUUCAAGAGGCCGAGCCAGUCCAAGCAGCGGUGAGGCCCGAGAGAAGCUGUGGAUGUGCCUGGGUGAGAAACCUCCCACGCUGGUGCCUGUUUCCCAUGUGAUGAUGUGCAUGAACUGUGCCUCUGAUUUCAGCCUCACCCUGCGUCGUCAUCACUGCCAUGCCUGUGGAAAGAUUGUGUGCAGGAGCUGUUCCAGGAAUAAGUGUCCACUCAAAUACCUCAAGGACAGGCUCGCCAAAGUAUGUGACCAGUGCUACACGGAGCUGAAGAAAAGAGGGGUGGAGUGCCCAACACCAGGCGAUAACUUACUAUCCAGAUCCUCAGGACGGCCCUUAUCAGCUGUGUUCCAGAGCAUCCACCCCACAGCACUGUGGAAGCAGAGGAAAAACCCCUCUUCACUGACACAGGUUGCAGCCUCUGCAGAGGGGUCUUCAAUGAACGGCCCCCUUCGUCGCUGUAAGAGGAACAAGAGGCACUGGAAAAAUCUAUGGUUUGUCAUCAAAGACAAAGUGCUCUACACUUAUACAACCAGUGAGGACAAAGUUGCAACUGAAAGUUUGCCGCUCCUAGGGUUUACAGUGAAGCUGCCAGGGAAAGUGGAGGGAGGUAUGGAGCCAGCCUUGGUGUUUCAGCUCUACCACAAGAAAACUCUCUAUUAUACCUUCCAAUCGGAGGACACACACACAGCACAGAGAUGGGUUGAAGCCAUAGAAGAAGCUAUUGUGUUAUAGCACUGGCUAUCUGAGUGGCCUUGGUUCACAGAGUUCUACAUCUUCAACACACAUUCCAGAAACUCAUGACGCAAACCUGGGCUUGGAAUUCAUACACUGCAGACUGUAACAAAGCAUGCACCCAAUCAAUGAAUGUAAAUACCAAAAAAAAAAAAAACAAUAUAACUUUCCUUCAAUCAUUACUGACUUAACGCAAGACAUCUUCUGAUGAAGAUUGCGCACACUUGCACAAGUUCAAUGCUUUCUGGAAGAGGUAACUUUUUUUUUUGUUUUAUAACUUAAUGAACUCCAAGAGGGACAAAGAGAUGAUGUUGAAAAUGAGUGUCUGUUUUUUAUCUUCUGAGCAUGUACAGUUGCACAGGCAUCUGUAGUGCUGGCAUCUCUAUGACAAUGUGCCAAUGUGCCAAGUGCCAAACCUUGCUGGUAUAAAGUCGUCCUCAAGAAGGCUGGAGUCUCCACAAUGUCCACAGUCUCUGUCAUCUUUAAAAGACUUGUUAUUUUGUUCUCGUUCUUUUGUUCUAUAACCCCUCCAUCUACAGCUGUAAUCCAGGACUCCAUCAGAUUGAAAUCCAUUUACAUACCAUAACUAAUUCAAUGCAAUCAUCUGAACACACAGAAGGCUGAUAAAUGUACGCACUCCCAUUAACAACCCUGUGUAUUACAUUUUCUCCACUCAAUGGCACACCUGACAUCCUUAGCUACUACUUUAAUUAAAAACAAAAUCCGAAAUACACUUUAAGCAUAGUACAACUUCACAUGCCCCUGCUUUCUGUUAAAACGGUCAGAUCUGAACCAUGGUAAAUGUUAACCUUGUUCCAUAGGCGUCUACUUCAUGGUGCUCCCCAAAAAGAAAUGUUUGGGUACAGAUGGCCCAGGUCAAUUUAAUCCUAUGGUUUUGUAAUGUAUACGGUGUUCAAUUAUUUUAUCCAAAUUAUAUUUUUUUUCUACUUAAUAGGCAACAAUUCUCCUUCUACUUCUAAUGCGCUGCACUGUUCUCUGCUAAAGACCAUCUUGUAAUGGUCUUUAGAACAUAGGAUAUUUCUAUGACCCAUGCUAAGCUAAAACUUUUCAGAAAUACGUUUCAAGUAUGUAAUGAAAAAUAGAAGCAAUAGAAGAAUUCUAUAUAUUAUAUUGCAAAAAAAAAUCUAUAAUGCAAAACCAUAUGUAUCCUUGGAAUACAUUUUAGGAAUAUAUUGCUAAAAAAAGACAAUAAUGAUAUCAGAACUCUUUGAUAUUUCACUGAAAACAGAAUGUCUUUAUAAGAUGGACAUAAAUAAAAUUAAAUAUUCUACAGUUUGGCAUUUACUGUUUUUCAGGUAAGCCUUUAAAUACUUAGGAACAUUUGUUGUAUAACAACUCUAGAGAAAAUGGUCAAUGUUGAAUGUGACAACGCAAUUUGUUUCUGCUUUAAUAAAUAUUAUGUUUAAUUGUGAACUAUCUGGAAAUACCUAUUUUAGACCAUGAAAUAAGCCAUUAUGUAAACUGUGAAAAAAAUAUGACUGUGCUUCUGCUCCUCAAAAUGAGGGAUUUAUAUUAAGAAAGACAGCAGAUUGCUAAUCACAGAUUACAAGAGGGCUCGCCCACUCCUCAUUUAUUAUAAUACUAAUAAUGGAUACAUUCAAAAAAUCUAUUGAAGACUUCUCUAACAACGUUUACAUUUUGAGAACAAGAACUCCACUCAUUCAGCACUGACAAAGGUCACAGUGUACAUUAAUUCAACCGCACAGCUCAACUGGUUUUGUUAGGGCAGUGCUUGGCAUUUGUCUCUUUUUAUAUUUUUGUGUGUGGUGAGUUAAGUCCUGCCAAAACAGAUGGGGCAUGAAGCCUAUUUUAUCACUGAUCUGAACUGGUGGCCAUGUUUACUGUUUGUACAAUUUAACAAAGCACAGGUUGUAUGCAUACACAAAUGCCCAAUAGUGCUUAAUGUUUCUGCUAAGAUAUUGCUUUCAAAUUCUAGUGUUGAAUAUUCUACUAAAAUGGCCUUUCACAUUUAAGUUGUAAAUGCAAAACAUUCUUUUGCUUUAUUUUGCACUUCCAAAAACAAGGAACGCAACGAUUCUCUCAGAUUUUACUAACCCAUGUUUCAGACUGCACUCCGAUGACAGAAGUAACGCAAAGGUGCUGAUGUUUAGUGACUGUACCUGCAGUAAAAGACAGAGAAACAUGAAAAUAUUUUCUUGUAAAAAUCAGUAUAUAAUGGAUUGUAUCUUUGUUUAAAGCAAUGUGAAAAUAAUAAUAAAUGAU